AUGAUAUUUAUUCAUUUAAUUACAUUAUUCUUUCUAUGUUAUGAUAAUCGUUUACUUGAAUCAGCACUUGUGGAAUAUAAUUUUACUAUUCGAAGUAUUCCAUCAAAUCCAGAUGGAUAUCCUCGACCUGUGGUUAUUAUGCAUCAUGCUAAUUCAACAUGGGAUAUUGAUCGACCAUUUCCAUGUCCUCUUAUUCGAGCAACACUUGGUGAUCAACUUCGUAUUCAAGUUACUAAUAUGUUACGUGCUCAAUCAACAGCUAUUCAUUUUCAUGGUCUUCAUAUGCUUAAUAAUCCAUGGGCAGAUGGUACAGUACAUAUUACUCAAUGUCCUAUUUAUCCAUUUGAAACAUUUAUUUAUAAAUUUAAUAUAACACAAACAGGAACAUUUUGGUAUCAUUCCCAUAAUGCACAACAAUAUGCAGAUGGAUUACUAGGUCCAAUUAUACUUGAUCAUGAUACUAUUGAACAACAAUAUAAUUAUGAAUCAUAUGAUUAUGUUAUUAUGUUACAAGAAUGGUAUCAUGAAACUUGGCCUGAUCUUAUGACCGCAUAUCAAGGUCCGUAUGGUGCUUAUCGAGGUAGUAAACCUAUUUUUCCAUGGCCACCUACAUCUUUCUUAAUUAAUGGUCAUGGUCAAUUCGAUUGUCGUAUAUCCGAUUGUUCUGAAAAUACUACUUGGCGUGAUACUUGUGGUGAUCGACAUUUAGCACAAUGUAUUCCACUUCGAUCACCUUUUCUUGGUCCAUGUGAUUCCAAUGCACAUGAUAUCGAUGAAUUUUUAUGUCCAUCUGGUAAACAAAUACGUUUGAGAUUAAUUAACGCUGCUAGUGGUAUUCCAUUUCGUUUUUGGAUUGAUCAACAUAAUCUUACUAUUGUUGCUCGAGAUGGUAUUGAAAUUUUACCUAUUAUUGUUCCACAUUUACAUAUUGCUAUUGGUCAACGACUUGAUUUAAUUAUUAAUUGUAGUCAAGAUCCAACUGUAAAAUAUACAAUAUAUGCAGCUAGUCGAAAUAGUUAUCAAUCUCCUUGUAAUAUUACUGGACCUACACCGACUAUGUGGACAUGGGCAUUAUUAGUUUAUUCAAAAGUACAAAUUGAUAAACGUGCAAUUCAAUUACCAGCAGAACCAAUAUUGAGUGCUGAUGAUCCAUUUUUUGAAUAUGAAUAUUUAAAACCAGCUAAACCUCGUUUUGCUCCAGCUGCUAUUCGUCGUGUUACACUUGCCUUUAAUGUUCUUUAUAAUAAUCGUACACAUAUCGAUUCUUUAGAAGAAUGGGUUGUUAAUGGAAUUACAUUUGAACCUCCAAAAGAACCUGUACUUCAUGGAAAUUAUUUCGAUGGUACAUUUCAAAAUUGUAUUGCAAAUGAAAGAUUAGGUCGUGUUAAUAAUACUUAUGCUACUCAUAUUCAACAUUUUGAAUAUGGUCAAACAUAUGAAAUAUUAAUGAUUAAUAACGAUCCUCAAUUACAUCCAUGGCAUUUACAUGGAUAUACAGUUGAUUUUAUUGCUGUAGGUAAAAUACCAUAUAUAGAACCAGUUACAUGCAAUCGUACACGACGAGAUACUAAUGAAUUUAAUUAUGAUUCUAUUUUACCAGCUCUUAAUUCAACACCAUCUGUUCUUAGUGUUGGUGAUUCAUUUAAUAUACCACGUGAAAGUUAUGUUGUCUUUCGAUUUACUGCAAAUAAUCCAGGUCCAUGGUUUUUACAUUGUCAUAUGGAAUGGCAUAUUUGGCCUGGCAUGGCGGUUGUCUUGUCUGUAGAACGAAAUGGACGAUAUGAAGGACUAAUUCAAUCGCCACCGGAAAAUUUUCCUAUAUGUGGAAAAAGAAAAAUAAUGCAUCCUAAAUUAUCUACACCAAUAGUUUCUUCUUCGGUGAUGAGUGAACCCGUAAUACAUAUACUAAUAUUUAUUAUUAUACAGACUUUAGAAACCUUAUUUUUAUUAUAA